CUUAAUAAAAAGUGGAUGCCGUGUCUGCUCGAACUGCCUGCCAUCCUACUACCCUAAUGCUAUGGUGAUCGCAGCAAUCACUGUCAGUCUCUACAGUUCCACCACCACCACCACCACCACCACCACCACCACCCUCUCCUCCUCCGCCGCCGCCUCUGCCUCCGCCUCCGCUUCCCCCCUCCCCCUCCCCCUCCGUCUCCGUCGCCAGCCCCCCAGCAGUGACAGGCCCUGCGAUACGGUACAUAGCGGCCCAAAGCUACACGACGUGCGUGCCAUAGUCGGAGCCACCGCGUUGGGAAGUUCCCUCCUCGCGGGAAGAUCAAAAGCAGGUUAGAGUAGAUCAGAGCACACCUGAUCAGGGCACAUCCAGAGGCACAUCCAGAUCCGCGCCGCUCCCACUGCGACACCAAGCACGCGAUCGUGACAGUCAGCGCCCGGGCGUCUGCGGGUGGUCGGCGCUGAAGAGAGGAUCCAGCCAGACAGCCUGCCGUCGUGGGUCUCGCCCAAGCACCGCAGAGGUAGCUUCAUUCCUUUCGACGCCUAGAGCGUGCAGCCGCGUGCUACAUAACAACAAUCGACAGACCUCCACGACUUGACACGCUUCCCUGCGCGCUGCUACUGCUGCUGCUGCUGCUGCUGCUGCUGCUGCUGCACCUCUUCUUCGCCCAUGCCCCACUGUCGAGGCGCGCGCAGCAAAAAGAAUUUGACCUUGUUGUGGUGACCGCCUGGGGGAGGACAUGGUGCAUGACCGCAAGGGAAUUUCUGAAAGUGCGCAUAUCUUGGGCGCAGACCCACCCAAAGCGCAAGUAAAGGUCCUUUGAUUACCGUGAGCUGGAGGCUGUCUGGUUCUACCUACCCAUCUACCUGGUUGAGACUCUGGUUCGACCAAAAGUCAAAUAUCACCCCUCCCGCAAGCAAGCAAAGCAAAGCAAAGCAAGCAACCUGCGACUGUUCCUUUGCGCCACGUCGCCUUUGGCUACCUGACCUUCUAUCUUCUUCACUCACCCGACUUCUCUCUCAUCCACUGCUUCGCCCACCUUUCGGAGACUGAUUCCUUCCUCGAGUUUCGUUCUUUUGCCAGGACUGUGCCUACCCGCUCAAGUACCACCGAGGGCAGCAACAGGACCAGCACAUUGUGCGCACCCACGAUGCAGCAGCAUCAAAUACCAUCCCAGCCCAACCCGUAUCAGGGCCACCCGUCUUCGCAAUCCCAUUACCAGUCUAACGGCAUACACCACGACAUCACUACACGAGGUAACGACUAUACGAACGGACAGCAAGCCCACGGAGAAGACAUGAAUCCCUACCAGCAGCAGUAUGGGGGCUAUGCACCGCCUCCACUCCCUCAGUCCCAGCAUCAACACCACCAACAACAACAACAACAACAACAUCAACAUCACCCACAUCAGUCGCAGGCACAAUCGCAACAGCAACACAUGCGAGGACCACCGCCAUCGAUGGGCAAUCCCUACAUGCAGAAUCAGCUCCCUCCGUUGGGCCAGCCAUCGAUGGGCCCUCCAAUGGGAAGCAUGGGUCUUGUAACGGAAACACCGCGAACCCAUCGCCCCAGCUCUGCUAACCCAGUCCAGCCUCACUCGUACGGUAUGCCUGCGCCGCCACCUCCGAUGCAAUCCAUGCAAUCCAUGCAGUCCCUGCAGUCCCUGCAACCACCGCAGCAGUCUUCAUUGCCCCCGCAGCCUCGAGCUAGUAACAUCCUGCCCAAUGGGGAAAAGAAGAUGUCGCAUAGUAAUGUGAGAGAUGGUCUGAAAUACGAGCUCCACGUGCUACAACAACCGCAAAGAGCGCGGAUGUGUGGCUUUGGUGACAAAGACCGGAGGCCCAUCACACCCCCACCAUGCGUGAAGCUGGUGAUUAUUGACAUGAACACCAACGCAGAGGUCUCGAUGGAUGAUCCACUGCUCGCGGAUCCUUCGUUCUUCAUUCUGCAGGUGGACUUGUGGGCAGAGACUGCAGAUCGAGAGGCUAAUGUGGUGCGGGCAUCGAGCAACAGCCCCGCUGUGAGUAUCAGUAGCGCGACGACGACGUCGUACCCACCACCGGCCGAGCCGCAGAGACAGCAUUUCGAGACGCAGCAGGUGAUGUAUAUGAGUGAGCAGGGCCCUGUUUAUGCUCAGAUCCCCGCCUAUCCUGCAACCAUGGCUCGACCGGGAUACGCUCCGAGCAUGUUCUACAGCCAGAUGGGACAGCCCAUCGGCUACACUCCUCAGCCGCAACAGUCGAACGCCAUGUACACGCGGAAUCUGAUCGGAAGCUUGACCGUCAACGCCGCUCGUCUGAACGAUGACCAGGGCAAACCUGGCUUCUGGUUUGUGCUUCAGGACCUGAGUGUGCGCACCGAGGGAUUCUUCCGAUUGCGCAUGAGCUUUAUUGACAUCAGUAACAAAGGAGGUGGUCAGCCCGGAGUCAACAGAGGCAAAGCACCGGUCUUAGCCUGGACCUUUUCAGACAAGUUUCAGGUGUACUCGGCCAAGAAGUUCCCCGGAGUGAUUGAAAGCACUCCACUCAGCAAAUGUUUUGCGGGCCAGGGUAUCAAGAUUCCGAUCCGCAAGGACAACAAGAAUGAAGCAGGAGACGAUGACGAUGGUGAUUGAAGUCCCGGAAAAACAGCCAUACGGACAAUCUUGUACACAACGACCACGGAUCGCGCCGUUCAGGGGAAUUUGCAGUGUGCGUCCACGCUGCGUUGGGCUAUGGAAACGAAUAUGAAGGCGCAAGGAGAAGUGAUGCGUUGGAAACAUGGAGGAAGCAGUGAUUGAUCCAGCUUGAUGGAAAGCUUGACAUGGUGCUGCUGCUGCUGCUGCUGCUACUGCUACUGUUGCUAGACAACGAGGUGGCGGCUGCAGUGUAGGCAUUGGAGUGUAGAAGGCCAGCUGGUGGAAAACACAAGCAAGAAGAGAGGAGGACAGUCGACAGUGUGUCGGAUGCUGUCCAGGUCUGCCGAUUGAGGCCAGUCAAUCGAUUGAGACGACUGAGAUGAAUUGUGCGCAACUGAAAUGACGACGACAGCAAUGGCAGAGGCUCCAUGACCUACAGACUCCUCGAUUGUAUAGCACCAUCUUGAUGAUUCCUUCGGGCACUCUAUGAUACAUGUACUGUACUUUAGCCUCGUUACAGAUAAUGUACUGGUAAUGUAUAUAGGCGAGCGGCGCUCCAGCAGCCUGGCCUGCUGUAGGAUACAUUGGCGCGCGGCGCUGACGCGCACUCGUUCUGAGGUUCCA